AUGAACCCUCUCGUCCGCCUUCUCGUCCUCUCCCUGGUGGCUUCCUCCACCUUGGCUAUCCCCGCUCCCGAGCGUGCCGAUCCCGAUGCCGAUGUUGCUCUGCCCAAGACCAAUCUGCAUGACUACAUCCAUCGCAUCGACGAGGACUCCAUCCAGCACGCCCUGCAGCUCUUUGACAACCAGACCUCGGCGUCGACCACUCGGCCUACCUCCCAGCCUACCUCCGCUUCCUCUACCUCCUCUUCCACCUCCACCUCCGAGUCGCAGUCUGAGAAGUCGUCGUCGUCCAAGACGACUACCGACGAGCCCACCACCGCUCCCACCACCACCGAGGGCCCACGCACCACCACCUACAAAAGCACUACCACCUUGCCCAACGGCCAGCAGAGCACCGUCACCCGCGUCACUGUCAUCCAUCCCACCCAGACCGCCACCGCCGCCAGUCGCACCGGCCCGGCCCCCGGUCUGCAGACCGAUUCCGCCGCCUCGACCGCCAGUUUCGCCCGCGAACUGUGGUUGAUGGUUGGGGGCGCCGCCCUCGUCGCCAUGGCGCUGUAA